AUGCCCAACCUCCAGCCCCCUGCGCCUCCGCGACGGAUGACCAUGCCCUCUUCUUCACCUCGCCCACCAUCACCUCUACGGAAUGGCUUUGUUUACGACACUUCGACGGGGAUUGACCCAGACGUUCAAUCUGACUCGGGCUCAGAAGAUGACGGCUCAGACGAUUCUGACGGGUAUCAUAGACCCCGUGGCGGACGCCGAGGGUCGCGUAGCCCUUCUCCUUCCGCAUCUGUAACCCAACUAGCCGCGAAUCUGGCUCAUCGCGUAGGAUCGCUUGUUUCGUCGACAAUGACCCCACGAUCGCCCUCUGCAUCUUCUGCCCAGCUCCAGUUUCCCAAUCCACCAUCUCAUCACCCAGGGCUGAGCGCAGCAGAGAUCGAGUCCGAAGCGGAACGGGAGCGGGACAGGACAAGGCGUGAAGCUGAAAGGAUUUUGACAGCAGAGGCAGAGGAGAGAAAGCGCGUGGAAGAACGCGUUCUAGCCUUGCUGCACAAAACAAAUGCCACGAACACUCUUCCCCCACCCCCUGCUCGAUCCCAGACUCUGCCCCCGUCGCCUACCCCGUCGCAGAAGGAGGGGCUCGGCGGAUGGUGGCAAGCUGCUAAGAACAAGCUGACUCCGACUAAGGAACCUCUCACACCAGCCCAACAAGUUAUUCAGGAAGCCAAAUCUAGAGAGAAAGAGGAGCGGAAACGCGCGAAAGAGCGAGAGAAGGAAGGUGGUGGUUACUCUAGCGAAUCUAAAGGGAAGGAACGAGAGUGGCCGACGAAUCCGAACACCAAAUACUCUGAUCCAAUCUUGCUGAAGUUGAAUACUCCCCAGAUACCAAGGAAGCCCCCACCUCAAGCACCGUCGCCUUCUUCUCCUACGCCUUCCAGAGGCAUGUUUGGUUCGUCCCCACAGCCUACAUCAGAUGCCCUUCUUCCUCCGCUGUCCGCAUCGCCCAAGCUUAUGUCCCCUUCGACAUCGCCCAGGCCGCAUGCUUCUCCGUCUGUCCCUUCUCUCUCUUCCAACCUUGCCUCGCCGAAUCUUCUUGCUUCUCCGGCCAACAAGACUAGCGCCGCAAACUCUCCAACGUCCCGCCAGCCGACUCCAUUGCCUAUAUACGCUACGUUCACUCCUUCGGGUACACUUGACGUACCGUCUACAGUGCUCGCCAUUGCACGCCGGUUUGAAAAACUGGAAAGAUGGACGGUAGGCCACGUCCGGGCCCUAGAAGAGCGCAUGGGUGAUGUUGAAGCCUGGUUAGUCGAGAAGGAAAAUGCGAAGGAAGCAGAACAGAAAGAAAAGGAGCAGGCUAAUGGUAGCAACCAACCCAACGGAGGCGACCAAAGUAAGGUUCAAGAAGAGAUGAAUGGCGUACGGGAAGAGUUGGGAGAGCUCCAAAGCAGAUUCUCUAUGCUAGGUAGGGAAGUUGCCAAACUUGCGAUGGCUAUGCCUUCAGACAUGGACUCGCCGCCUCGACCUCCUCCACAGCAACGACAGCCUCCUCCGGUUGCCGCAGCUUCUCCUCAACCCUCUGAGCCUCCUAUGCUGCCUGAUUUCACGUUAGGCACUCUUGGGGAUCUCAGCCUCACGCCAUCUAGGGGAGAGAAGCGUGACAGUCAGUGGGGCGACCUUCCUAUCUCCUCUGUGCCCUCGAAGAUGCCUGUCCAGGUCCGUGACACGCCGCGAAAAGCCAGCGAACAAGGUAUAGUUUCAGAAAGCGAGGACGAAUUUGGCGACCAGGUGUCAGUAGACGCGCCUUCUACGAGUCGAUCACUAGAACGCCAAACCGAGGAAGCUUCGGCUUCUCGAGACGUACGCGAAGCCGCCACAAGAGAGGAGCAGGCGAUCAAAGAAGAGGAAGCCAUCUUAGAUUUGGGUGUUGGCAUGUCCCCAAUGACCUCACCGCUUGCAACUCCCCACAGGCGCGUUCCGUCGUUGACUGCUCGGGAGUCUACCUCUCCUCCUUUGGCAUCUCGCACCACACGGGGUGCAGCUAUAUCUAAACGGGCGAGUGGUACCCGUCUGCCUUACCCUUCGGGCGACUAUGCACCCCUACCACCGGGUACUGAACUCGCCGUAUCUCCAUCGUCCACCGGCGCAACCUCGCCAGAUCCCGACAGGCGCAACUCAGCCAUCUCGGGAUUGCCUUCCAUGCCAUCCUCGCCGCCUUUCGGAGCUCCCACCCGCGUCCUUAGUCCUGGUCCCAUGCCUGGCUCUCGCACCAAUGUCAAGAUAGGAAACCUUAAUAGACCGCUACCCGCGCCGACAGCUUCUUCGCAAAGCCAGCGGCUCGUCAGUCCGCGUCCUAGUCCUAGUCCUAGUGUCAGUCCUACUCCCAGGAAAAGAUACACGGUCGCGUUAGGAGAACCGAUCACUAGAGGCAGCGCGAUGCUUUCGGAGAGCGACAACGACGCAAACGAGGGUGGUAGCGAAGCGGAAAGCGAGGACGACACUUUCGCGGACGAGACGAUCGGGAAGAAAGGCUCCGCCAGGAUAGCUUCCUCGCUACUCAAAGACGCCAGUUCUUCCACAGCGUCCUUGAAUUCCCUGCCCCCAGAGUCUGGGUUCCCGCCGGCAACGGGUCUGACGAGACAAAAGCAUGUGUCUCCGCGGAGCAACGACUUCUCGAGCAACGCUUCUCAAGGCCACAAGCCCCGCGCUCAGUCCAUCUAUGGGUUAUCAUCGGUUUAUCAGACUGCGCCGCCCAAACCCGUUGCACCUCUCAAUCCUGGACGCUUGAGGUCCUCGCGGUCCACUGAUAAGUUCGCUGGAAACGGUAGUGGUCCUGAAGGGAAGUUCGUUGAUCCCCUGUUAUUGCGGAGACAAGAGAAAGCCAAAACGAAGGAGAUCGCGAUGCCGAAGCCAAUUGGGAAGGUCCCUAUUGGUGAUCUAGUUGCAUUUUUUGACAAGAGUUGA